AACAAACAAGUUAUUUAAAGAGAGGAGGGGGCAGAACAGUGUGCCAAGUCUGGCAGCCUUGUCAGCUCAUCGUCCGGCUCCCCGAGGCAGGCAGAUGGCGGUAAGGGACAGGCUCAGCGGGGCCGAUGAGUGUCAGAGCAGGAAGGUAAUCUCAGGAUUCUCUGGACCCAAAGUCCACACUGUUACCUUCUCUGACAGUUUCGGACAUCACUCUCCCUUGGACGGCCCGCGGUGUAAUGGUUAACGGGGCUGGAAAACUGCUCAUUAAAUAAUAUGGACUACUGAAGCAGGGAGUAACACAUGAUAUUUGAAAAAGGGUUUUGGAUAAAUGCAAGAAAAUACCAUUGAUGUAGUAAACUUAUGCAAUGCACUGACCAGAGGUUAAUUAACCUCUCUAAAGGCUGAAAAUAAAACCAGGCUAGAAGGAUUUUAAUUUCUAAAAACAGAUCAUCAGUGUGUUUUUCAAGGGAAGGUGAUCCACUCGCAAACUUUUCAGAGCAAUUUCAUAGAAGUUACGCCUCAGACCAGAGACAGGCAGAACACUAACAUGGAUGAGUCAACCCAGCGUUUCUUCCAACAGUCAUUUCCACACCUAUGAACAUCAGAUGCAGGGGUGGGGGUGGGGUGGGGGUUAAGGUCUUCAAGUUUACAUACACACCAAGCACUGACUACAGGGAGACACCCAUACGCACACCAAGAUAACGGUACAUAGAUUUGGGGUUCAUAUAAAUUUAGAUACUAUGGUGAUGUAAAAUACAUAGAUAUAAUUAAAAGUGUUACUAAACUCAGACUGGGAAUAGCUUCUGUAAAUGAUAAAAUAUACAAUCGACAGGCGUCAAGAGUGCAAGCACCGUGGUGGAAAGCUGUCUUGCUCUUUCCAGUGGCCCAGCACCUGGCCCCUCUCCUGGAGUCUUGGUGGCAAAGCCUGGGGAAGCAGCUUUUCUGCCUUCCCUUCAGCUAAGGCACCAGCACAUGACCUGAGCUCAGACCUGUCACCUGAGUCCUGGGAGUGAGGGACCCAGAGAAGAGGGAACAGGAGGCUCCGUCUCCAAGGGGUGAGGGGGAGUAGUGAUGGUGAGACCGAGGAGCCGGGGCAACACGAGCUGUACUAAUGCCAGAGUGUGCCCACGCCAAGGCAUGUGGUGUUUGAUGGCAGCAGUGUGGGCUUUGGAUCAGUUUGACAGCGUGACCUGGGGCGUUCUUCUUGGCUGCAGCCCCCCAACCACAAUUCUCCAGUCCUCCCAGUGACUCUGUGAGCCUUCCCCCAACCCUUUCAAUAAAGCCCCUUUUGCUUAAGUCAGUGGAGUCAGUUUCUGCUGCUUACAAAGAAGAGCCUCUGAGAGUGAGGGGAGCGGGGGUUGGGGCAAGUCGGGGUUGACAGAGGUGCCGCCCAUCUGCUUCACGGCACUUUGAAAUGGGGUCCCGCAAAGCUGGGUAAGAGUUAGUGGCACACAGCUUGUUUCUUCAUUGCUCCACGAUGUUCCCUGUUUGCUCAUCUGUCUCUCCAUGAAGACGCCUCCCGCUGCCCCCCGACUUCCCACAGGUGCCUGCCCUGCACUAAGCAUACGGGAGUCCAGGACCAGCCCACGACCGGUGACAGAACAGCGCUGGGACUUUAGACCAAGAAUGAUGCGUGGAACAGCUCUCCUUCCUGGGCAUGUGCUACACGCGAACCGAAACCUCACUCAAAUCACCUAAUGCCUGUGAGCAUUUGUAAAACGCAAGAAAAAUUUAUCAUAUGAACAUUUAGAAAUGCGCUCUAGGUUAAAAAUCUCAACUUCACAUGGUGAAACGGGGGUUACAAAAAACUUUACACAAUUUCAAAAAGUUCCCAAUUAUGGUUCCUUAAUAAGAGUUCCUCUCUUCAGUUCUUCCUUUCUAAAAAGAGAAAGGAAAAAAAAACAAACGCCGACCGACUCUCUUCAAAUACACACUGCCCUGGUGCGUGCGCACACCAGAGAUGGAGGCUGUGGGUGCAGGCAGGAUCGUUCUGGGUCUGGAAGUCAUCCGGCUUCUCUUUUGUGUGUUGCCGGCGACUGUGCCAUAUCUGUCUCCCAACCGGCCACCCUGGAAGUGGACAGUGCCGAAGGGGCCGUGACCCUGCUGUGCUCCUUCACCACAACGGGGUGCCCGUCCGAGCCGCCAACCAUACUGUGGUUUCGCCUCGGUGCCCAGCGGCCAGAGCGGCUCUGCGUGAGCAGCCAGUGCACGAGCAAGGCAGACGAGUUCACCAAGACGGAGGACCUGGCACAGAGCCAGGCCUUGCUCACGGUGAACAGGGUGACGCCCAAUGACAGCGCCAUCUACAUCUGCGGAGUAGCCUCGCCCAGUGCCUGGGAGCCGAGGGCUAAGCAAACCGGGGCAGGGACAAUGCUGGUGGUGAGAGAAACAAAGGGUGUCAGCUCAGGAUCGCGGAGUCUCCUGAUAGCUCUCCUGUCGCUGCUCUCCAUCUACGUUGCGGGGGUACUCGUGGCCUUAGUGGUUCUCUCCAAACCAAAAUCUAACACUCUAAGAAAACCAGAAACAGAGGGUCCACAAAAGAAGAGUGCUCGGCAUAUUUUUCGGGAAAUUGCCCAAGAACUAUAUAAUAAGAGACACGUGGGAACAAGCCAACAAUCUGAGAAAGACAACACUUACGAAAACAGAAGGGUACGUUACAACUAUGAAAGACCAUAACAGUGUUUUCACUGUCAAGUAAGUCACUGAAAAUCCAGACAUUACAGCAGUGUGAAUGGACACACCCCCAUCAGGGCUUGAAAAACAACUGAAGGUAACUGGAAAAGAAUCGGCGAAAGGAGGCGUGUCUGAGUACAAGGCAACUACAACCAACGCUGAUGACCGAGCUGCCAAAACCCAGCAAAACACAGCGGAAAAAUAAUUCCUUCACUGGCUAAAAGACUUCUAAGCAGGCUCAUAUUUUCCAAAGCCUCCAUUUUUAUAACGUGCAUCCUAUGAUUCACUCAACACGCAGGCUACGUGAUGACUGGUACCCACAAGAGUCAAAGUCAUACCACAUGCCUCCAUGUUGAGUGGAAGAAGUGUCUUUAUGGUUGUGGAAGUGAUGGGUCAAUUAGACUGAGUUGGGAGGGAGGGAAGCCCCGCUGUCUGAGCUAGAGGACACCCUCCUGCUAAGCACCUUGGAGCAAAGCCCGUCCCCCCUGGUGUGACACGGGCUGGGGGAUGGCGCACACUUCCUUCCAGGGCACGCAAAGUAACUCACGUGUCGCUACCAACCCAAAGCGAGAACAGGGUAAGAACAUCGCAGCUAAAACGCAGACACGCCAGGGCAGGCAGCUGCACAGAGAAAACCGCAGCAUCAAUAAGCCCAGUCGACUCUAGGGGUCAGUGUGGUGCAGACAAGCCCAGGAGAGCGUGGGCUGCACUGGACCUGAGGUUGCCUCUGCAACAUUGUUUUUUAUCAACUAAGGAGUGAAAUAUCCAAUUAGGACUGGUACAGCAAGCAUGUGCAUGGAAUUCAGCGCCAUCUCGCUGAGAAAACAUGUUAUGGGUUGUUCUGUGAAAGCUACUUAGGUGUAAAAAGUCUAUUUUAAGUACUCACAAGUACGCAAUCAUUAGUAAACAUGAAUUACAACCUAUUGUUUUCAUUUCAUUAAAGUGUUUCUUUCAAAUAGCA